AUGGCCGGCGAUAAGCCAGAAGUCUCCGAGGUUGGGUUUGUGGAGGGCCCGUCUCCCAAACCGAGCUUUGGGAGACGUGUGCUCAACCACUACAAGCGGUGGUGGUGGGUUCAUAUCAUCGUGAUCAUUGUGGUCGUCCUGGUGGUGACCCUUCCCUUGGUGUAUGUUGGGUAUCCAAACAUCGCACAAGGCGACAUCAAUGACUCCACAUUGGAGAUCAGGGAGAUGAUCAUCUCCGAUCCCACGCCGGAUUCGUUGUUCUUGGACCAGACACAGGUCAUCGGCUCGCACAGCAUGUUCCAUCCUACGAUCUAUGCCUUCGAUGCUACUGUCGGCUUGCUGGGCGCUGCAUCGUUCGCAACCGUCAAGGUUCCUCAGGUGAAAGCCAAUGACGGCACUGUGGUCCAUAUCAGCCAGACCCUGGACCUGAGCGAUGUGGGUGCCUUUGGAGGAUUUGCUACAGCGGUCAUGCAGAGUGAGGAGAUUAAAUUAAACAUCUAUGGCAAGCCCGACCUGAAGCAGGGUGGCCUGCCUAAAAUCGAUGUGACGUACAACAAGACUGUUACUAUGAAGGCUCUCAACAAGCUCGAAGGUUUCGCCAUUACGGAAAUGCAUGCCUUGUCCGGUAAAUCGUCGAAUGGCGCCAAUUUUGGUGGAACCGUGUACAUCCCCAACCCAUCUCCGAUGACGAUCAGCAUGGGUAAUGUCACUCUCGACCUCUCUUGCGAAGGAACCUCCAUUGGUACCUCAUACCUGAACGACCUGAAGCUGGUUCCCGGCAACAACACCCUGCCCAUGACAUCCGCCGUCAAACUGUCGGCAAUUGCACCAUUCUUCGACAAGUACCCCAACGGUCUCCCUGUGUCGAUCUCAGGAAGCUCGACCAACUCGAGCGUUUACAACGGCCAAGCCAUCCCGUACUUUAGCGAGGCCCUGGCGUCGAAUACACUUAAUGUGACCUUGGACCUUGCUAAGUUGCUAGGCUAA